AUUGAAACUGGGGAAAUCCCCAUUGCGCCAUGCUGUUUCUGCCAUGGACGGCGCCGCAGCCUCCACACCGGUGGUGGCACCAAGCAUCGACGAACUAGCGGAUGAACUCAUUAGGCGGGGGGAAGAGCGGCGACGCUACCUGAAAGAGGAGAAGGAGAAGAUGAUGCUGGAAUUUGAGGCGAAGCGUGUCCAGCUGCACACGGAAUACUCCAGCCGACUUCUCCAAGCCGAUGAGGAGCUCCGUGGCGUGGUGGAGGAGCGCCAGCUGCGAAGGCAACUGACCUUGGGCGCCAAGGCGCAGGAUGUGGUGACGCUGGACGUCGGUGGCAAACUUUACACGGUGAAGAGAGAAACGCUGUGUCUAUGUCGUGGAUCCUUUCUGGCUGAAAUCUUCUCUGGAAGGUGGGACAGUUCGCUUCCACGGGACAAGGCAAAUCACAUCUUUUUGGAUAUCGAUCCGGAGGUCUUUGACGUGCUAUUGGCCUGGCUGCGGGACUGCAAGAUUGGUCAGACCCCUGCGACAGCACCCAGUGGCCGCGUGGCGCCCGAGAAGAUGCAGCACUUUCAGGCUGUGGUGGAUUUCUUCGGGUUGAGACCUUACCUCUCAGUGAAAGGAUUUGGCCCCGAUGCCUGGGGUUCCAAGACGCCUAAGGAGGUCACCGAAGUUGCGCCGGAGCGCUCCUUCCUGAAGGUGGCAGGCUCCUUCCUUCCUUGGCGCAUGGCUGCCACACCUCCGGCACCGACAACCGCGGCCACCUCGGAGCCAGGACUGGUGCCUGCCGCCGCCGUGGCGGCUCCGCCCAAGGUGGUGGGCUGGUCUCAGAAGAAUUCGGACCCACUGGUGGAGCAUGAAGAGGUGAACAUUUGUUGCUUGCCCGACACGCGCAAGCAACGAAAGUGCUGUACCGCGCGGUCCACGCGUGGCUACCAAAGCGGUGUACAUCGAUUUGGAGUGAGACUUCUGAACUCGAGCAACUGCGCUGUGGGCCUCGUGUGUUCCGACUGGAGCUAUGACUCCGAGGCCGACGGCCACUUGGGCCACUUGGGCCACCGCGGCUGGGCCGUGGCAUCUGACGGCAGCACCUGGGCCGAGGGAAGGGAGUUGGAGAGAUUGCCCAUCUCCUUGGGCGAGGGAACUCUCGUGGUCUUCAACUUGGAACUAGGCGCGGCGAAACCACUGCGCAGUGCCACGCUGGAGCUCAAUGGUGUCCUUUUCCGGAAUGUCUUCACUGACCUGCCGGACACUGUGUAUCCGGCCGUCUCCAACACCCUGGGCGCACCGGGGCGUUUUCAGCUGCUGUGUGACUCUGACCUGGAGGCCGUGGCUGCGGCUUCAACCAGCACCGCUGCAAAGGAAUCAGCGGGAUGACACAAAGAUGCGUGCUUGUGUGGUUUGGGACGGGCACCAUUGG